CCCUUUAAUAGAAGGACAAUUCAUUUGUGAGAGUAAGCUUUGUCCUUUCAACCGGUAGGAUUUAAACAUAUGUGAAURCCAUCUAGAAGGACAAUUUAUUUUGUGAGAGUGCGAUGUGUCGGUAAUGAUUUAGAUAUGGGUUCCCUAGGAUGCAUUGUGGUCUAUAUUUCUCAGUGUUUUUUACUGAAGCUAGACCACAAUGCACCAUGCUCGCUAUCUCCAAAAAGGUCCAGAUUCAAAAUGGCGGACGAAGUGUCCACAUAUCGUGAACAGGACAAAUUGCUUCGUGCUGGUGUCCGUGAAAACCUUGGUUCAUGGCUCAAAAAACUGAAUUGUGAAGGAGAUGUGGAGAAAAAGCUCGACUAUAAAAUGGCUUUUGUAAGGAAGCUUCGGUCUGCGCCAGUUGCUAUUGAAGUYGAUCGAGCCAAUGAACAGCACUAUGAGGUUCCUACAGAGUUCUUUAAGACGGUCUUGGGGAAAAGACUCAAGUAUAGCUCAUGUCUGUAUACAAAGGAAAUAACUACGCUGGAUCAAGCUGAGGAUGCUAUGCUAGACUUAGUGUGCCGAARAGCGAAGGUAGAAGAUGGACAGUCUAUAAUGGACUUAGGAUGCGGAUGGGGAUCAACAGCUUUCUGGAUAUGCGAACAUUACCCAAACUGUAAAGUACUGUGUGUUUCUAACUCCCAGACACAGAGAAUGUUCAUUGAAAGAGAAGCACAGCUGAGAAACUAUGGCAACCGAUUGCAAUGCAUAACAGCUGAUGCAAAUGUCUUUACCACUUCCAUGAAGUUUGACAGGAUUAUUUCCAUUGAAAUGUUUGAGCACAUGAAGAAUUACGAUCUUCUAACGUCAAGAGUAUCAAGUUGGUUAAAGCCUCAUGGAUACCUCUUCAUCCAAAUUCUUUGUCACAGAGAAUUUGCUUAUGAAUUCAAGAUGAAGUCAGGCUCCGACACUGAAUGGAUGGCACRAAACUUCUUCUCUGGUGGCACCAUGCCUUCCAGCGAUUUAUUUUUCUACUUCCAGAAAGACCUCUUCGUUGUGGACCACUGGAACAUCAACGGCAACCACUAUAGUAAAACUCUAGAAGCUUGGUUGGAUAAGACGUAUGAUAAUCUUGAUAGAGUUAAGUCGAUAUUCAGUGCUAACUAUGGUAGCAAUAGCAUCACACAACAGUUGUUUAAUUGGCGAAUGUUUUUUAUUUACUGUGCUGAGACUUUYGGUUUCAAUAAUGGGAAUGAUUGGAUCGUUUCACAUUGUCUCUUUAAAAAACGUGUAGCAAGUUCAUUAUAAAUGGUUAUGAUCACUAUUCUAUAGCAAGGCCUAAAAUAAUGUCACGUCAGUCAUCUAGCAGUGGUAGUGUUCACCAGCCAACUUGGUCAUACCUUAUUUCUGGCUCAACGUUACUGGUCAUAAUGACCAGCAAGGCAAAGAUUUGACUGGACAAAAACAUUCCAAUUCUGGACAGACAUUGUCAGAUGACUGAUUGUAAUYAUAAGCCUAGCUGCCAAGUAGUGAAACAGAAGACAGGGUAGCUAUGUUGGUUGAAAUAACAAAAGACCUAAUGACAAAUCUUUUGUAAAGUUCAACUAAGAUGGUGCCAUAAA